AUGCGCUAUGCAGUCCUAGUUACGGGUCCAGCGGGUGCUGGAAAAUCUACCUUCAGUUCAUCUUUUCUCACUCAUCUCAAAAAUUCGCGACGGACUGCCCAUCUCGUCAAUCUCGACCCUGCAGCUUCCCCGGCUAGUUUCGAGUAUGAGCCAGUGAUUGACAUUAAGGAUCUGGUUAGUCUAGAGGAUGUCAUGAGUGAAUUGGGGUAUGGUCCGAAUGGAGGUCUGGUGUAUUGCUUUGAAUAUCUUUUACAAAAUAUGGACUGGCUAGAAGAAGAAUUGGGUGGUUUUGACGAUGAUUAUCUUGUUUUCGAUUGUCCAGGCCAGAUUGAGUUAUACACUCAUCAUCCGUUCCUCCCCACCCUGGUACAGAAUCUGACGAGGCUGGGAAUCCGUGUUUGUGCGGUAUACUUGAUAGAGUCACAGUUUAUGGAAGACAAGUACAAGUUUUUCAGCGGCGUCCUAUCAGCCAUGUCGGCAAUGGUUAAUCUCGAGAUCCCUUGGAUAAACGUCAUGUCCAAGAUGGAUUUAGUGACCGCUAACCCGGAUGAUGAGUCGGGCGGCGCAAGAAAUGGCCUACGACAACGAAAAGAUAUUGCUCGGUAUCUCGAUCCUGAUCCAUUCCUUCUCGCUUCAAGAAGAGGGCAGGAAGGAAACGAGUCCAAUCCCCGUUUUCAUGCUCUAAACCAAGCUAUAGUACAGUUGAUUGAAGAUCAUCCGCUUGUCUCUUUCCUGCCACUGGAUCUUACGAACCCAGAUUCUAUCGAGACUGUUGUGAGUCACAUAGAUUACACGAUGCAGUACGGAGAAGACGAAGAGCCAAAAGAGCCCCAUGACCUCGACGAGGGGGACUUUCAGGGUCUGGAAUGA